CCCUCACCUCCUCUUUAAGAACUCUACCUCCCCUUCCCUCUAAACCCACUCAUUCACAUUACUCCCCUCGUUCUCUCUCUGACCAGUUAUAGGCGUAUACUUGCAGCUUCAAGAAAGAAAAAUGGCUGUACUUCUGUACAUUGCAGCUCUGAUUUCCCUAAUGUGGACUGCAGAAGCCAGAAUCCCAGGAGUUUAUUCCGGUGGUGAAUGGCAGAAUGCUCAUGCUACUUUCUAUGGAGGCGCAGAUGCCUCUGGCACAAUGGGUGGAGCAUGUGGUUAUGGAAACCUUUACAGCCAAGGAUACGGCGUCAACACGGCCGCAUUGAGCACAGCUCUGUUCAACAACGGUCUGAGCUGCGGUGCCUGCUUUGAGAUCAAGUGCGCAAGCGAUCCAAGGUGGUGCCACUCUGGAAGCCCAUCCAUCUUAGUCACUGCCACUAACUUCUGCCCACCCAACUACGCUCUUCCGAACGACAAUGGUGGCUGGUGCAACCCUCCUCGCCCCCACUUUGACCUCGCCAUGCCCAUGUUCCUCAAAAUCGCCGAGUACCGAGCCGGGAUUGUCCCCGUCGCCUACCGUAGAGUACCUUGCCGGAAGAGAGGGGGAAUCAGGUUCACAAUCAACGGGUUCCGCUACUUCAACUUGGUUCUGGUCACCAACGCCGCGGGUGCAGGUGAUAUCGUGAAGGUUAGCGUUAAAGGGACGAGAACUGGGUGGAUGAGCAUGAGCCGCAACUGGGGUCAGAACUGGCAGUCAAACGCUGUUCUGGUUGGUCAAUCACUGUCCUUCAGGGUCACAGGCAGUGACAGGCGCACUUCCACCUCUUGGAACAUAGCUCCUGCUCAUUGGCAGUUCGGUCAAACCUUCACCGGGAAGAAUUUCAGGGUUUAAUUUUAUGACAAAUCAAUGGAUUGAAGCUUCCUAGCCCUAUCUAUUUACAAAUUUAUCCUUUUGGCGCUAUUUAUUUUGGGUUCCCAAUGAUGUUUUUGACUUUUGGGGGUUGUUAAGAUGAACUUUGGUAGGCAAAGAAGUUUUUAAUGUUUUUUGGGUGGGGUUUUUGUUGUGUUUGAGUUGUGCAAGUGAAAAGUGAAAGAGGGGGAAUGGUAAUAGGGGGUAGGGGAGAGACUGAAGUGGCUGCACCCUAAACUUGUUGUAGCCCGCAGCCUCCAUAUCAUAUUUAGUCUUUAGUAUUGUAUGAUAGUGUGAUAAUAUUUGUUUGGGAAAUGUAUUUUAUAUACUAUAUAUAUUCAUAUGUAUUUAUUAAGUCCGCUACCUAUUGAAACUUGA